UUGGUCAGUAAAAUGCCUCCCUUCUUUACUUAGUGACAUAGUGAUUAGUUAGUGCCAACCUGCUAAGUGGUACCUACUCAGUACUAGGUAGCGACAUUAGUUUUAAGUUAAUUGGACAGUGUGAUGCAGUGUGCCGCGAUACUUUUAAUUUUUUUGCUACUGAGUCGGACAGAAUGCGGGAAAAGUGAAAGCGGUAGCACUGAGCAGAACGCAACUCGUAUAAACACAAAAAUAAUCGUAAACCCAAACACGAACUGGUUCAACUCACUCCACCACCAUAACAGUAGACCCAAACCCACAACGGCAAAAGUGGAAUUCGAAGCAGGAGUACCACCCGGAUGGCCUUCGAGAAAAACUACCGGAAAACCACCAAGACCUCUCAGACUUCCGGCUGACUUCAACAAAACUACGUUUGAAGCCGAAAUCUUUAACCAAACCAUCAAUACCGAGGACUUUACCAUCACAGAAAACGCCACUCACGACGAGUUUGUAUUGGGGAACCAAACCAAUAAAGUUGGAGGGUUUGUGGACUGGGUACUUGGAAUAGUGGGGAUACGGCCUGAGGAGGAGAGCACUCCAAGACCCAUUCCAGACAUAGCGAAAAAUUGCCCUGUAUGUAAUUGUGGUAUCACCCAUGUUAACACCAGGAUAGUUGGAGGCAUUGAAACCAAAGUAAAUAUGUACCCAUGGAUGGUAGCCCUGAUGUAUAACAACAGAUUUUAUUGUGGUGCUUCAUUAAUCAACAACAGAUACAUUCUAACAGCUGCACAUUGUGUAAAUGGUUUUACGAGGGAAAGGCUUACAGCUGUUUUUCUAGACCACGAUAGAGGAAAUACUUUUGAAACUAGAACAAUUUCGAGGAAAAUCAGCAGGGUUUUAAAGCACAAAAACUACGGGAUUGGAGGGAAUUACAAUAAUGAUAUUGCUAUACUUCAAUUGGAUAAUGAGGUUUCCACAACAGGAUUGUUGAAACCUGUGUGUCUUCCAGAGACUGGAAAAAGCUUCACAGGAUUGAAAGGCAUUGCUGUUGGUUGGGGGGCAACCAAAGAGCAUGGUCAAGUUUCUAAUAGACUCAGAGAAGUGGAGGUCCCUAUAAUGUCCAAUGCAGACUGUACCAAAACAGGAUACGGAAACAGGAUUACGGAUAAUAUGAUUUGCGCUGGUUAUCCUGAAGGAAAAAAAGACUCGUGUCAGGGGGACAGUGGGGGUCCUAUGCAUGUUAUAAACAAUAAUCAUCAUGAGUUAGCCGGUAUUGUUUCAUGGGGCGAGGGUUGCGCAGAAGCAAACUACCCCGGGGUUUAUACGAGAGUUAACAGGUUUAUAACCUGGAUAAAAAGUAAUACAAUGGAUGCUUGUUAUUGCUAA